GUUAGUUGCCUUAAAGAAGAACCAAAGGUCUCAUCUCAGGAAUAUCUGCUAUUGAGCCGAAGAAAUCCAUGGAGAUAUCUGCAAUUUGGGCUGUUGGGUUGUGCCUUUUUCUGGCUAGACAUGGGAUUGAGGCAGAGGCCUCUUAUCCUAGUUGCAGAAAUCUUCAAUCUAAUCCAACAGAGCAGCCUUACAGGACUGCCUACCACUUCCAGCCUCCGAAAAACUGGAUGAAUGACCCUAAUGGGCCAAUGUACUACAAUGGUGUUUACCAUCUGUUCUAUCAGUACAAUCCCUAUGCUGCAGUAUGGGGAAACAUUACAUGGGCCCAUUCCAUAUCUUAUGAUCUUGUCAAUUGGGUUCAUCUUGAUCAUGCUCUUAAUCCAACUGAUCCUUUUGACAUCAAUGGUUGUUGGACUGGUUCUGCCACAAUACUUCCCGGAGAAGAACCUGUCAUUAUAUACACUGGGGCAGAUACUCAAAACCUACAAGUCCAAAACAUGGCAGUGCCCAAGAACAUAUCUGAUCCACUCCUUAGAGAAUGGAUAAAAUCACCCCGUAAUCCCCUAAUGAGUCCUACUAACGGCAUUGAUGCAAACAAUUUCAGAGACCCUACCACUGCUUGGCAAGGCCCAGACAAAGUAUGGAGAAUCAUUGUUGGAAGCCUGAUAAAUGAUCAUGGUACAGCCCUUCUUUAUCGAAGUAGAGAUUUUGUGAACUGGACAAAGAGCCAAACCCCUCUUCAUUCAUCCAAUAAAACUGGAAUGUGGGAGUGUCCAGACUUCUACCCUGUCAGUACCAGAACUGGGGUUGAGACCUCUGUUCAAAAUGCAGAUACACAGCAUGUGCUUAAGGCAAGCUUCAAUGGGAAUGACUACUACACAAUAGGAAAAUAUGUGCCUGAAACCGAUACCUAUCUGGUCGAGACUGACUUCUUGGAUGCUGGUUCGGAUUUGAGAUAUGAUUAUGGGGAAUUUUAUGCUUCCAAAACAUUUUUUGAUGCUGCGAAAAAGCGGCGGAUACUGUGGGCCUGGAUACAAGAAUCUGACAUUUCAUCGGCUGAUAUUGAAAAAGGGUGGUCUGGGCUUCAGUCCAUUCCUAGGAGUGUUUUGCUCGAUCAAACUGGACGGCAAUUAGUACAGUGGCCUAUCAAAGAAAUCGAGGAACUACGUGAAAACCAAGUGACCCUCUUAAAUAAGGAGGUCAGGGGUGGUUCUGUACUUGAAGUUCCUGGUAUUACAGCUUCACAGGUUGAUGUAGAAGUUUCAUUUGAUUUCCCACAUUUCAAAGAAGCAGAGGUCUUGGAUCCCAGUUGGGUUGAUCCCCAACUGCUCUGUACUCAAAAGAAUGCAUCUGUUAAAGGCAGCAUUGGGCCAUUUGGUCUGUUGGUUUUGGCCUCUAAGGAUCUGACAGAACAAACUGCAAUCUUCUUUCACAUAUUCAAAACUCAUAAUAAGAAAUACGUUGUGCUUAUGUGCAGUGAUCAGAGCAGGUCAUCUUUGAGGCAAGACGUUGAUAAAACAAGCUAUGGAGCUUUUGUUGAUAUAGAUCCUCUUCGUGAGAAGAUUUCCCUUAGAGGCUUGAUAGACCAUUCUAUUGUUGAGAGUUUUGGUGGGGAAGGGAGGAGCUGCAUAACUGCAAGGGUUUAUCCAGAGUUGGCUAUUAAUAAAGAAGCACACUUGUAUGUAUUUAACAAUGGAACUCAAAGUGUGAAAAUCUCAAGACUUGAUGCUUGGAGCAUGAAGAAAGCUGAGAUUGUUCCUACCAAUAGAAGAAGAAACUCCCAUUUCAACUAAGAAGAGAGCUCAGCUCAUGAGCUCUUGACCACUUCUGACUCACCAUUAGUCACCUCAAAGUGAGUUGUGUGGUGAACAUUUGGCCUGAAGUCUGGAACUUUUAGCCCAAAAUUAGUGCCUUUAAUGUGUUUUAUAUUUUUGGGGAAGAAAAUGGGACAGUAAAUGGGCAAUUUAUGAAGAUUUUGAUGCAUCGAUCAAUGAAAAUAAUCUAGAAAGUGACUAACUUUGUUUGUGGCA